CCCCGGCUCGCGGUCUCGGAGCUUGGGGAGACGUGUAGAGGCCGGGUUCGGCCUUCGGUGAACUCUCACCCCGGCGCAUGGGUUUCUCUUUCCGGGAUAAGAUGGCGCCGUCCACACCGCUGUUGACAGUCCGAGGAUCAGAAGGACUGUACAUGGUGAAUGGACCACCACACUUUACAGAAAGCACAGUGCUUCCAAGGGAAUCUGGAAAAAAUUGCAAAGUCUACACUUUUAGUAAGGAUGGGACAUUGUUUGCCUGGAACAAUGGAGAAAAAGUAAAUAUAAUCAAUGUCACUAACAAGGGACUACUGCACUCCUUCGACCUCCCAAAAGCAGUUUGCCUUGAAUUCUCGCCAAAUAACACUGUCCUGGCAACGUGGCAGCCUUACACGACUUCUAAAGAUGGCACAGCUGGGGUACCCAACCUACAGCUUUAUGACGUGAAAACUGGAACAUGUUUGAAAUCUUUCAUACAGAAAAAAAUGCAAAACUGGUGUCCUUCCUGGUCAGAUGAUGAAGUUAUCUGUGCACGGAAUGUUAACAAUGAAAUUCACUUCUUUGAAAACAACAAUUUUAACACAAUUGCAAAUAAAUUACAUUUGCAAAAAGUUAAUGACUUUAAUUUAUCACCUGGAAGCCAACCUUAUAAGGUGGCAGUCUAUGUCCCAGGAAGUAAAGGUGCACCUUCAUUUGUUAGAUUAUAUCAGUACCCCAACUUUGCUGGACCUCAUGCAGCCCUGGCCAAUAAAAGCUUCUUUAAAGCUGAUAAGGUUACGAUGCUUUGGAAUAAGAAAGCUACUGCUGUGCUGGUAAUCGCUAGUACAGAGGUUGACAAGACAGGAGCUUCCUACUAUGGAGAACAAACUCUGCACUACAUUGCCACAAAUGGAGAGAGUGCUGUAGUACAAUUACCAAAAAAUGGCCCAAUUUAUGAUGUUGUUUGGAAUUCUAGCUCUACUGAGUUUUGUGCUGUUUAUGGUUUUAUGCCUGCGAAAGCGACGGUUUUCAACCUGAAGUGUGAUCCUGUGUUUGAUUUCGGGACUGGUCCUCGCAAUGCAGCCUACUAUAGCCCUCAUGGACAUAUAUUAGUCCUGGCUGGAUUUGGAAAUCUUCGGGGACAAAUGGAAGUGUGGGAUGUUAAAAGCUAUAAACUGAUCUCUAAACCAGUGGCUUCUGACUCUACGUAUUUUGCCUGGUGCCCGGAUGGCGAGCAUAUUUUAACUGCCACCUGUGCACCCAGGUUGCGUGUCAAUAACGGGUUUAAGGUUUGGCAUUAUACUGGCUCUGUCUUGCAUAAGUAUGAUGUGCCGUCGAAUGGAGAAUUAUGGCAGGUGUCUUGGCAGCCAUUUUUGGAUGGAGUAUUUCCAGCAAAAACAAUAAAGUACCAAGCAGUGCCAAGUGAAGUACCUAGUGAGGAACCUAAAGUUACAACAGCUUAUAGACCUCCAGCCUUAAGAAAUAAACCAGUCACCAAUUCCAAACUGCAUGAAGAUGAACCUCCCCAGAAUAUGAAACCACAUCAAGGAAGUGACAAGCCGUUAUCAAAAACAGCCCUUAAAAAUCAAAGGAAGCAUGAAGCUAAAAAAGCUGCAAAACAGGAAGCAAGAAGUGAUGUGGCUCCUACUCCUGUCCCUCAGAGUGCACCACGGAACACUAUCGCCCAGUCUACUUCGGGAGAUCCUGAAGUAGACAAAAAAAUUAAGAAUCUUAAGAAGAAACUAAAAGCAAUAGAGCAGCUGAAAGAGCAGGCAGCCGCUGGUAAGCAGCUAGAGAAAAAUCAGUUGGAGAAAAUUCAAAAAGAGACAGCCCUUCUCCAGGAGCUUGAAGACUUGGAAUUGGGAGUGUGAAGAUUCACAGAAAUCAAUUUGUUGGCAGGAAACACGUUUGUUAAUCCCAUGGUAUUGAUGGAAUCUCUACAUGCCCACCUUUAACAUCAGUCUGUAUUGUUAACUGUUUAUCCAACACUGCAUAUGUGUGAUUAUUUAAUGAUGUCUAUCAAGUUGACUUUGACAUCUACAUCCUGUAUCAUGUCAGUAUGUGAUAAAGAGAGAUGGUUUCUUUAAGAUGAGCUUGACAAAUUGACAGACUUUUUUUAAAAUAGGUAACAGAAUUUCCUAUAUAAAUAAAUAAUUAAAGACAUUUUAAAUUUAUUUUUGCUUUCAAGUUAAGAAGUUCUUUAUUAUAAAUUUACAGGAUAUAUUAUUCUUAUAACAAAAUAUGAAGUGUAUGUUGCUAUCAUGUCUAUUUUUUAUAAGUGAAGAAACUUAAGUCCAGAAAGUAAGAAAUCUUUAGGGGCUGGGAAGAUGGCUGCUUAGAUAAGGACACUGGAUCCAAGUUAGAGUUCCAGCACCACCUGCAGCCAUGUCUGUUACUCCAGUUCCAGGGGAUCUGACGCCUCCUUCUGGCCUCCACAGGCACCAGGCAUGUACAGUUAUACAUGCAGGCAAAACACCCAUACACUUAAAAUAAAAAUAAAUAUUUUAAAAAGAAAGCAACCUGGUAGUGUGUGGGAAGUGGAGUUGGACAGAAGUACUCUGACUCCAGAGUGCAUGCGCUAGGUUCCUGUGGCACACUGCUGGUGUCCCGAGGGCAGUGACUGUCUGGUCCCGAACUGUGCUCACUCUUACUUUUAUAAACACUGAUAAUUUAUUCAUCCACCAGUAAAGUUAUUCACCUUUAUUGGUAUUGACUGUAAAAGGGCCUUUGAAUUUUUGCCAGAUUAAUAAACUAAAAAUGAUA